AUGGGCACCCCUGAUAGUUAUCUGCCUCCUGCCUUGAGCGCGGAGACUAUCACCUCGUUGAUCCUAUCAUUGGACCUCCCUACGCCAUGCUCCAUUGAGCCCCUGCAGGUUAAAGCCGCCUUUCAUUCUAUCUAUCUUAUCCAUUUCGCUUCGGCACAAUGUAUCACGGCACAAGGUAUCACAGCACGAGGAAACAAGGAUGGCACCGUUACGCUCGUGCUACGCGUCUCUGGACGGCAGCUACCUAGCAUCAAGACACGUAACGAGGUGGGCGUUAUGACCUGGGUCGGUAAAUAUACCUCUAUUCCUAUACCAGCCAUCAUCCGGUACGAUGCGACGGAGAACAACGUGAUCGGACAUGAGUUCACCCUACUCGAGAAAGCGCCCGGCAUUAGCGUCGAUCAGAUAUAUACAACACUAUCCGACGAGAUCAAGAAGCAGAUGGUCCACCAACUAACGGAUUAUCUGAUCGAGCUACAUGCGCAACCUUGGCAUAAGGGGUAUGUGGGCGGGCUGACCCUGACACCGACGGGCGAGAUUGCCUCUGGACCACCUAUCGACGAAAACUUUUGGCAGACUCCUGACCUAGAUAAGUACUGGUCUACCUCGGCCGGAGUCAAGAGUACGGAGACACUCGAAAGCCUUAAUCCUGUACCAGCCAAGGGGUUCCUUAGCUACACGGAAUAUACGAAUAGCUGCCUCGAGCGGUAUAUCCACGCGAUCGAGGUCCAUCCCUCUCUAGAGCCCUACCGCGAUUUGGUUCCCCGGAUCCACGAGUUUAUGGCGCAGUUACAGCGGCCAGACAACCAAGCAGAGCUCAACCGCGUCGCCUAUAUUAUGGCACACAAAGAUAUGCAUUUUGCCAAUAUUAUGUGCGACCCAGACCAGCCAGGGUGUCCAAUUACCGCCGUCCUAGACUGGGAGUUCAGCGGGGUGGUUCCUGGCCCAAGAUGGAACCCCCCGCGGGCAUUCCUAUGGAAUAUGAAAUGGGACCCUGACGACAAGGCAGAGCAGACCCGCAUGGAGCAAUUGUUUGAGCAAAUCUGCCGAGAAAAGGGGGCAGAGCAUAUUUUGGAGCAGACUCAGCUGAAUGCAAGGCAAGAGAUGAUGCAGACAGCGGUCAAUCACAUUCGAGCCAUUAUCGAGGUGUGCCCGCGCGGCCAGGCGCAGGACCGCGUAGCCCACUGGCGCUCGGUGGCGGAAGCCGCCAUGGAGGGAUUUCAGGCGUGA